GUGCGAAGAAUUUGAUGACUAGGUAAUUAUCAUUCAUAAUGUGAAUAUUGCAACACAGAUGAUAAGGUCACUCUUAUCCCUAAUAAUCAAAAUUUCCUCCUCAUUUUCUUAAGUCUCAUAUUUCAGUGGCAACCCCAUUGGCUGGAUCAAUGGUUGCAGGGAAUCACUCUAUGGUGUCUGAGUUUGUAUUUCUGGGGCUCACCAAUUCAUGGGACAUCCAGCUUUUCCUCCUGGUGCUCUCUUCUGUGCUCUUUGUGGCAAGCAUGACUGGAAACAUCCUCAUUGUGUUUUCUGUGACCACUGAUCCUCACUUACAUUCCCCUAUGUACUUCCUACUGGCCAGUCUCUCCUUCGUUGACCUGGGGGCUUGCUGCACCAUUUCCCCUAAGAUGAUUUAUGACCUUUUCAGGAAGCAAAAAGUCAUCUCCUUUGGGGGCUGCAUUACUCAGAUCUUCUUCAUUCAUGUCAUUGGUGGCGUGGAGAUGGUGCUGCUCAUAGCCAUGGCUUUUGACAGGUAUGUGGCCAUAUGUAAACCUCAUCACUACCUGGCCAUCAUGAGCCCACGGAUGUGCAUUUUGCUCCUGGCCACUGCCUGGGGCCUUGGUAUUAUUCACUCACUCUUCCAGCUGGCAUUUAUAAUUAAUUUACCCUUCUGUGGCCCUAAUGUAUUGGACAGUUUUUGCUGUGACCUACCCAGGCUCCUCCGACUGGCCUACAGAGAUACCUACGGACUGCAGUUCAUGGUCACUGUCAACAGUGGAUUCCUUUGUGUUGGAUCUUUAUUAAUACUUCUCAUCUCCUACAUCUUCAUCCUUUUCACUGUUUGGAAACAUUCCUCAGCUGGUUCAUCCAAGGCCCUCUCCACUCUGUCAGCUCACAUCACUGUGGUCUUUUUGUUCUUUGGCCCAACCAUAUUUGUCUAUACAUGGCCACAUCCCAAUUCGCAGAUGGACAAAUAUCUUGCUCUCUCUGAUGCAGCUCUCACUACUUUUCUAAAUCCAGUCAUCUAUACAUUCAGGAACAAAGAGAUGAAGACAGCAAUGAAGAGAGUUUUCAGACCACUUGUGAUUUUUAGGAGGAUCUCAUGAAUAAUAUUGUGAGAUAUUUAUCCUGAUCAACACUGGCCUUAAAUUCUUAUAUCUGUCAUUUUAGAUUAACUGUUUUAAUGUAUCAACAAUAAAUUUGAGUAUUACCACACCCAUUAAGAAUGUUCUUGCCUAUGCAGAAUGAAGAUUUUAGAUAAAAUAUUAAUUCAAAACUUAUAUUGCCUCAGCUGGGGUUGCAGAAAUAUGUACUAAUUAUAGUUGUUUCUCUCUAGUUAGUUUCCUUUCUUUUUUUCUUGAGAUUAUGUUUAUUAUUGUCUUUUAAAUUACCCAUCUAUUUCUUCAUAAUCUGCUUCUAUAGGUAACCAAGAUGCUAAUUAUUCACUCACCAUCAUUUAUCUCUAUUUUUUGCCAGUAAUGGUGUUCAUAUCUCAUUCAAACACUUCGGGCCCAUUGUGAGUUUCAACUUUCUCUUUAUGGUUUGGAGGGCAUAGUUAAUUUGUGUCUGAGGAAACUUUUUCUGUUCAUUCUUCAAAUGGUUAAAACAAUCUGAUUUCAGACAAAUAUCAGCUUGAAAGUUUACUAUCCAUCCACAGGAGCAUUAUUCUCUCCUGUUUUGUUGUUCUGCCUACUACCACUUUUCUCAUUGUUUUCUCUCUUAGAUAACUGUCCCCUUUAUCACUGAAUAUUUUCAAAUUUUUUGAUGUAAACCCUUUUGGGUAGAGUUUUGAAAAGCCAAAAUUAAUAAUACCCCCUGGUUUCCUUUUGUUCACAUGCAUAUGUAUAUAAAUA